AUGUACGUCCUUUCUCGUAGAUGGAGACAUUUAUGGAGGUCCGCAUCUCGUACUUUGGCUUUUGAUUUUGCUUUGAGUGAUGCUGGAAAUGAUGCUUCUUUCAUUUCUUCAGUAACCGAAGUUUUGGCUUUGCAUCGCUGUUCAAACAUAGAUAAGUUAAGCAUUCGGCUGAACCUCCGAUCGCCUAACGUCACUGAUCUUGUGAUUUGUGAUUGGAUUCAAUUUGCUGUGCAAAGAGAAGUGAGGGUUCUUGAUCUGGAAGCUUGUGGCUAUAUCACCGAGAGGGAGUCUCUGGGUUAUUAUAGUCCCGAAUUCAGGGCCAGUUUCGAUAUCCCUGGUUUGUCCUCCAUCGGUUAUAAUUUCCCUGGUUUGGAGAAGUUAUUAACGUGGCCUCUCUCUAUCAAGAGCUGCUUUGCUUCAUUAACAUCCUUGAAGCUUGUUAACUUUAACGUCGACGACGAGACGAUGGAUUACAUUUUAUCCAAUUGUUCAUUUGUGGAACGAUUGUAUCUGAAAGGUGGAACAGGUUUGAGGAACCUCAAUGCUAACUCUCCCUCCCUCAAGUACUUGAGUUUAGGUUCUUGUUGGGAUCUGAAAAAAUUGAAGAUUUCGGGUCCAAAUCUUGUGUAUUUUGAGUACAAGGGAUAUCGUGACCAUGGUACUAAGUGGGUGGUAGAAUUUUCCUUUGAAAAUGUCCCUCUCCUGUCCGAGGUACGUACCUUCAGGUGCAUAUAUGAUGCAAAUGUAUAUGAGCUUUUGGUUGGCAUUUUCUUUGCCUUCUUUGUGGGCCUGGUUCGGAUGUGCAAGUCGUUGAAGAAAUUAACUAUCAAAACUAAGAAGCAGGAUAUCAAACAGCAAAUGGUGGCAAUAAUAGGAGGUGAAACCUUGAAGAUGCUGGAGGAUAAUCUAGCGGAUGGUGCUGAAAUGGUGAUUGAGUAA